GGUGCCCACUGUGUUCGCGUCCCUCGGGCAGCAGAGCCAUGGAGCCUGGGGCUGCUGAGCUUUAUGACCAGGCCCUGCUGGGCAUCUUGCAGCACGUGGGCAAUGUCCAGGACUUCCUGCGCGUGCUCUUCGGCUUUCUCUAUCGCAAGACCGACUUCUACCGCCUGCUGCGCCACCCUUCGGACCGCAUGGGCUUCCCUCCCGGGGCCGCACAGGCCCUGGUGUUGCAGGUCUUUAAAACAUUUGAUCACAUGGCCCGCCAGGAUGAUGAGAAAAGGAAGAAGGAACUGGAAGAGAAAAUCAGAAAAAAGGAGGAAGAGGCCAAGGCGGUGGCAGCUGAGAAGGAAGCUGUGCCAGUCCCAGUGCAGGAGGUAGAGAUUGAUGCUACUGCAGAAUUGAAUGGGCCUCAGGAAGUAGAAAAGGAGGAGCCCCCAGGCCCACAGGGCCCUGAACACAAAGUGACCCAUGGCUUGGAGGAGGCAGAAGCUCCAGGAACAGUUAGCAGUGCUGCUGAAGGCCCCAAGGACCCUCCUGUGCUCCCCAGGAUUCAGGAGCAGUUCCAGAGAAAUCCUGACAGUUACAACGGUGCCAUCCGUGAGAACUACACCUGGUCACAAGACUAUACUGACCUGGAGGUCAGGGUGCCAGUGCCCAAGCAUGUGGUGAAGGGGAAGCAGGUCUCUGUGGCCCUUAGCAGUGGCUCCAUCCGAGUGGCCAUGUUGGAAGAGAGUGGAGAGCGUGUCCUCAUGGAAGGGAGGCUCACUCACAAGAUCAACACGGAGAGUUCCCUCUGGAGCCUUGAGCCGGGCAGGUGUGUUUUGGUGAAUCUAAGCAAGGUUGGUGAGUACUGGUGGAAUGCCAUUCUAGAGGGAGAAGAACCCAUCGACAUUGACAAGAUCAACAAGGAGCGCUCCAUGGCCACUGUGGAUGAGGAGGAACAGGCAGUCCUGGACAGACUCACCUUUGACUACCACCAGAAACUGCAGGGCAAGCCCCAGAGCCACGAGCUGAAAGUCCAUGAGAUGCUGAAGAAGGGGUGGGAUGCUGAAGGCUCUCCCUUCCGAGGCCAGCGAUUCGACCCGGCCAUGUUCAACAUCUCCCCAGGGGCUGUGCAGUUUUAAUGACCGGAAGUAAAGGAAACCCUCGCCAUCGGGGAGAUGGAAAUGUUGUCCUCCUCACUCCCUGCAUGCCAGGGACACACUCCUCCUGAUCAGUCCUAGCCAUUUUUUUCUUUCAUAAUGAACCAGGCCUUCCAUGCUGACCUUCUACCUUCAGACUAUUACAGAGAAGGUGCAGGGCCAGCUGCUGCUUGGCAGUGUCUGUGGCCAACACUAAAUGAAGGUGUUUGACAUGCAGGAGGGACAUGUCCCAGCCUACUGGUAGCACAUGUUCUGUCUCCAUAGCAACCAGGCACUGCAGGCAGCAUUUCCUUUCUCCCCUGCUCUCUCUGCUUGCUGUUGUUUUGAUGCCAUUCUGCUUGCUUGUCUUCUGUUUGGGGAUAAGGAGUGGCUGGGCUCAGACAGAGCUAAGUUGAAUUGUAUGGGGCCAGGCACCUGCAUGAGGGCUAACGAGGCAUGGCUGUGGGGCUACUUCUGGGGCUACUAUGGGAUUCUGUCACUUGUUGACCUGUGUGUGCGUGUGUGUGUGUGUGUGUGUGUGUGUGUGUGUGUGUGUGUGUGUGUCUGUCUGUCUGUCUGUCUGUCUGUCUCCCUGUCUCCCCCUUCC